UACUUUGUGUAUAAUAAACACGGACUGCUUGUUACAAACCUAAACGAGCCAAACAGCUUUCCAGAACUACAGUUAGGGACGACGAAGCUGACGAAAAGGUAACAUGUGAAACAUCCUGUUCUAUUUCCUGUUGACGGGACUUUACUUUCUCCAGUUGUGACGCAGUUUUGUUCUCCGUGUUGAAGCUGAAGAUCUUUGAGUGGAUGUGACUUCAGCAGCUGAACUCCAUCAGUGUUGUAGUUUCAGAGUGCAGCUCUUCCAGCAGGGGGCGCUCUGCUAUGGAUCAGUGUGAGGACACAGAGGAGGGGGUCCCUCCCUCUAAAACUCUGAGGCUGCAGGAACAGAGACCAGACUCUCCUGGACCCAGCUGUGUGUCCAUGAAGAGUGACCGCUCCAUAGCACAACCUAUGAACUUUAAAGCUGGACAUCCUGAUGAUGGAAGGAUGCAGGAUCAGAGACCAGACUCUCCUGGAUCCAGCUGUGUGUCCAUGAAGAGUGACCGGUCUAAUGAUCGUUUUAUUGACUUUAAAGAUGGACGUCCUGCUGAUGGAAGGAUGAAGAGACAGAGACCAGACUCUCCUGGACCCAGCUGUGUGUCCAUGAAGAGAGUUCAACAGGAGAGCUCCGAGGUUCACAGAGAUCAAUCAGACCAGCAGAAUCUAACAGACCUGGACUCCAUCUUUAUGCUGCUGGAGGAGAACAUCGUCACCUUUGUGAAGAAUGAGCUGAAGAGAGUCCAGAGAGUUCUCAGUCCAGAUUACCCAGAAUGCUUAGAGAGUCAGAGUGAGAAUGAAGAGCAGGGGAGAAGCUGUAAAGAGGAUUUUUUGAAGAUCACUCUCCACUUCCUGAGGAGAAUGAAGCAGGAGGAGCUGGCUGACUGUCUGCAGAGCAGAACGUUUGGUGCAGUGUGCCGGCAUAACCUCAAAUCUAACCUGAAGGAGAAGUUCCAGUGUGUGUUUGAGGGGAUUGCUAAAGCAGGAAACCCAACCCUUCUAAACCAGAUCUACACAGAGCUCUACAUCACAGAGGGAGGGACUGGAGAGGUCAAUGAUGAACACGAGGUCAGACAGAUUGAAACAGCAUCCAGGAACCCACACAGACCAGAAACAACCAUCAGACAAGAAGACAUCUUUAAAGCCUUACCUGGAAGAGAUGAACCAAUCAGAACAGUGAUGACAAAGGGAGUGGCUGGCAUCGGGAAAACAGUCUUAACACAGAAGUUCACUCUGGACUGGGCUGAAGACAAAGACAACCAGGACAUACAGUUCACAUUUCCAUUCACUUUCAGAGAGCUGAAUGUGCUGAAAGAGAAAAAGUUCAGCUUGGUAGAACUUGUUCAUCACUUCUUUACUGAAACCAAAGAAGCAGGAAUCUGCAGGUUUGAAGAGUUCCAGGUUGUGUUCAUCUUUGACGGUCUGGAUGAGUGUCGACUUCCUCUGGACUUCCACAACACAAAAAUCCUGACUGACGUUACCAAGUCCACCUCAGUGGAUGUGCUGCUGACAAACCUCAUCAGGGGGAACCUGCUUCCCUCUGCUCGCCUCUGGAUAACCACACGACCUGCAGCAGCCAAUCAGAUCCCUCCUGAGUGUGUUGACAUGGUGACAGAAGUCAGAGGGUUCACUGACCCACAGAAGGAAGAGUACUUCAGGAAGAGGUUCAGAGAUGAGGAGCAGGCCAAAAGAAUCAUCUCCCACAUCAAGACUACCCGAAGCCUCCACAUCAUGUGCCACAUCCCAGUCUUCUGCUGGAUCAGUGCUACAGUUCUGGAGGAUGUGCUGAAGACCAGAAAGAGAGGAGGGCUGCCCAAGACCCUGACUGAGAUGUACAUCCACUUCCUGGUGGUUCAGACCAAACUGAAGAACAUCAAGUAUGAUGGAGGAGCUGAGACAGAUCCACACUGGAGUCCAGAAAGCAGGGAGAUGAUUGAGUCUCUGGGAAAACUGGCUUUUGAGCAGCUGCAGAAAGGAAACCUGAUCUUCUAUGACUCAGACCUUACAGAGUGUGACAUCGAUAUCAGAGCAGCCUCAGUGUACUCAGGAGUGUUCACACAGAUCUUCAAAGAGGAGCGAGGACUGUACCAGGACAAGGUGUUCUGCUUCAUCCACCUGAGUGUUCAGGAGUUUCUGGCUGCUCUUCAUGUCCAUCUGACCUUCAUCAACUCUGGAGUCAAUCUGAUGUCAGAAGAACAAACAACAUCCUGGAGGUCUAAAGUAUCCAGAAAAACACUUUUAUAUCAGAGUGCUGUGGACCAGGCCUUACAGAGUCCAAAUGGACACCUGGACUUGUUCCUUCGCUUCCUCCUCGGUCUUUCUCUAGAGACCAAUCAGAAUCACAUACGAGGUCUGCUGACACACACAGGAAGUGGCUCACAGACCAAUCAGAAAACUGUCGAGUACAUCAAGAAGAAGAUCAGUGAGGAUCUGGCUGCAGAGAAAAGCAUCAAUCUGUUCCACUGUCUGAAUGAACUGAAUGAUUGUUCUUUAGUGGAGGAGAUCCAACAGUCCCUGAGUUCAGGACGUCUCUCCACAGAUAAACUGUCGCCUGGUCAGUGGUCAGCUCUGGUCUUCAUCUUACUGUCAUCAGAAGAAGAUCUGGACGUGUUUGACCUGAAUAAAUACUCUGCUUCAGAGGAGGCUCUUCUGAGGCUGCUGCCUGUGAUCAAAGCUUCAAACAAAGCUCUGCUGAGUGUCCGUAACCUCUCAGAGAGAAGCUGUGAAGCUCUGUCCUCAGUCCUCAGCUCCCAGUCCUCUAGUCUGAGAGAGCUGGACCUGAGCAACAACAUCCUGCAGGAUUCAGGAGUGAAGCUGCUGUGUAGUGGUUUAGAGACUAUGCACUGUACACUGGAAACUCUCAGGCUGAGUGGCUGUAACCUCUCAGAGAGAAGCUGUGAAGCUCUGUCCUCAGUCCUCAGCACCCAGUCCUCUAGUCUGAGACAGCUGGACCUGAGCAACAACAACCUGCAGGAUUCAGGAGUGAAGCUGCUGUCUGCUGGACUAAAGAGUCCUCUCUGUAGACUGGAUGCUCUCAGUCUGUCAGGUUGUCUGAUCACAGAAGAAGGUUGUGCGUAUCUGGCCUCAGCUCUAAGCUCUUCCCCCCUGAGAGAGCUGGACCUGAGCUACAAUCAUCCAGGAGAACGAGGAGAGAAGCUGCUGUCUGCUGGACUGGAGGAUCCACACUGCAGACUGGAGACACUGAGGUUGGACCAUGGUGGACUUCACAGACUGAAACCUGGUCUGAGGAAGUACGCCUGUGAGCUGGAACUGGACACAAACACAGUGAGCAGAGACCUCAAACUGUCUGACAACAACCGGAAGGUGACACAUGUGGAGGAGGAGCUUCAGUCAUAUCCUGAUCAUCCAGACAGAUUUGAAUACUAUCCUCAGCUGCUGUGUAGGACUGGUCUGACUGGUCGCUGUUACUGGGAGGUCGAGUGGAGAGGAAAGGUUUCUGUAUCAGUGAGUUACAGAGGAAUCAGAAGGAGAGGAAAAAGUUAUGAAUGUUUGUUUGGAUUUUAUGAUCAGUCCUGGAGUCUGAUGUGCUCUGAUGGAGGUUACUCUGUCUGGCACAAUGACGUAGUAACAAAGAUCUCCUCCUCCUCCUCCUCCUCUGUCUCUAACAGAGUAGCAGUGUAUGUGGACUGUCCUGCUGGCUCUCUGUCCUUCUACAGAGUCUCCUCUGACACACCGAUCCACCUCUACACCUUUAACACCACAUUCACUGAACCUCUCUAUCCUGGGUUUAGGAUCUGGUCUCGUGGCUCUUCAGUGUCUCUGUGUCGGUCUGAGAAACUCUGCUGACUGAAGAUCAGCUGACUCUGUUCACUCUGUUUCAAACUAAUGAAUUAUUCUGAUUUCAUCACUU